AUGAUUCAUCAAUUAUUAUUUAGUCAUCAAAUCUUUUAUAAAAUCUCAAAUACUUAACAAAACUAAAAGGAUAUAUGCGUGGUAUUUUAUGUUUAGUUGUAGAUCCUAAUUCAGAAAACUUAAUUAUUAGUGGAGCUACUGAUAAUUCUAUUAAAUUUUGGUCUUAUUCAUAAUACUCAACUUGGUCAUGUUCAUAAACUUUUCGAGAACAUACUAGUUAUGUAUUUGGGUUAUCUAUAAAUUAAGAUGGUACAAAAUUAGUUUCUUGUGGUAGAGAUAAACAAAUUUUGUGAAUGGAAAGAUUUAAUGGAUAAUUAUGUUAUGUUUAACAAAAGAUUUCUGAGCUUGGUUCUCGUAUAUCAUUUAUUACAAAAGAUAACUUUGUAUUUUAACCAUGCAAUGGAACACAUUUAUAAUUCUACACAAUCGAUCUAUCUACUGGAUUAUAUACAAAAUCAAAGGAACUAUAAGUUUAAGGUGCUGAAUAAGGCUGUUACUAUUAUUUUCCCUAAAUUUAUAUACCUUCAAGAUAAUUACUUAUUUCUAAAAAUGGAUAUUUUAUAAAUUUAAUAUAGUUUAACUUUGAUUCUGAAAAUUGGAAUUGUAAAUAUGUAGAAGAAGGAAUAGAAUUUGAUUAAUUUGAAAAUUUCGGAAACAUUAUUGGUACUAUGA